CGCUCAAGCCCCGCCACCACUUAGUUCAACUUCAUCUUCACCAUGAGCGAUUCCAUCCCAUCGGUUCAAAAGGCGGCCUUGAUCAAAAACCCUGGAAAUGACGCACGAAUUGUGACUCAGUCGGACAUCCCGGUUGCAAAUCCUGGCUCAAAUGAGAUUCUCGUAAAGUUGACCUUUACUGGUGUUUGUGGCUCAGAAAUCCGUGCUUUGUCAGGUUGGGGCCCUUAUGACCCCAUUGUCGGACAUGAAGGUGUAGGAACAGUCGUCAAACUCGGUCAAGACGUUGACGCAGGCCUGCUCAACAAGCGAGUCGGCGUAAAAUGGCUCUACAGCGCCUGCGGGGCUUGCACCAUUUGCAAAAGAGGCUAUCCCAAUAACUGUCCCAAACAGCUCAACACCGGAAAACAUGUCCCCGGAACAUUGCAGGAAUACAUGAUUGCAGAUGCGAGAUACGUGACUGAGAUUCCGGAUGGUCUUCCUGGUGAAGUUGCAGCUCCUCUGCUCUGUGCGGGUUUGACGAUGGCUGGUGCUGUGUCGAAGCUGAAGGGGUAUGCUGAGAAGGGUGAUUGGGUUGUUAUUUCUGGCUCAGGUGGUGGACUUGGACACCUGGGUGUUCAAAUUGCUAGCAGACUGAGCGGUCUGCGAGUUAUUGCUGUUGAUACUGGAGAGCCUAGGCGGAAGUUGAGCUUGGAUAGUGGUGCUGAGCACUUUAUCGACUUUGCAAGUGAGGACGUCGAGGGAAGAGUCAAGGAGAUAACCGGAGAGGGAGCAUCAGCUGUCCUGGUGGUGACUGGCUCUCAAGAAGCUUUUGUCCAAGCACCAAAUCUAGUACGAAAUAUGGGCAUCAUCGUUACGAUUGGCCUGCCGAGGAAUGACUUCAACAUUCCACUCUCUGCAACGAUAUGCUCUGCAAGAUCACUUACAGUAACCGGCGUUGCGGUUGGCACGGAGGAGCAGAUGAAGGAGCUCUUGCAGCAUGCCCUCGAUAGAAUAAUAGUCCCGGAGGUCAAAGUGCUUGAGUUUGAAGAAGUAGGCAAGGUGGUUCGGGAAUUACAACGGCAGGAAGUUACUGGUAGAGUAGUCGUCAGAAUACCAUGAGCAAGUGACUGUGGCCGUACCCCACGGUCUAUGGCGUAUUUACCAGGGUAGAUGUUAUAGUCACAUUGAGAAUACGGUCUGAGUGAAUGGCCCAUCAUUUCAAGCAAAGCU